UCUAUAGCGCGCGCAUCUCUCCAAAUACUCAAAGAUACAGGUGAAAUUAGACGGAGAAUCGAGCCAAUAACCAACCAACAGAGUACGCGAUCCGUAACGGAUCCGACAAGUAGAAGCAUGAAAACGGUUUGAACCGAUCGAAUCUUUGCUCGUUUAAAUUUCAGUAAAUUCCAAAAAAAGAUUAUACAAUGUAUAUUUUCGACGGUAGUCGGUGUAUCGAUGCUUGGAAUCGAUAUAGGGCGGAAGAAGACGUAAGAAAGGAAAGCGGGCUAGGCAAAAGAAAACUAAAGGGACAACGAAAGGAAAGAGUCGUUGUCGCGAGCCGACUGUUUUUCCUUUACUAAGCUGAAUCUCGGAGCCCGAGUGGCAGUUGUGUUCCUCGGUUUCGUCCCUCUUCGAACACGGGGAAGCGGCCUAUCGUAGCUAUGCUGGUAUACGUAACCAAAGUGUCGAGGUAGUCGCGUGUACGUGAGAGCGUAGAGAGCGCGAACCAAGCUAGAGGAUUGGCGGAGAUGAUGCAGCUUAGGAUUCCAGGCAUAGUCGAGGAGUUUCUGGUUGGUUGGUAAGUGGGACUACCCGGGACUCAUAGGCGGCUUGUCUGCUGCGAGAGCUCGCAGUCCCACUAGGAACUCAAACGCAUCCGAGCGCGCAUCGGUUUUCCGCCAAACUUGCACUCGCGCAGUUUUCUUUCGAUAUCCGAUGAAACGUUCAACGAUGCGAAAAAACGCGGACAGAUAAGUGACGAAACGUAGCGGAGAAGUUGUACGGAACGCAACGGAACCCAACGAUAUCGCAAGUUUGAAAUCGCGAUUGCUCGAGUUACGUUUCGUGCUUCGUUUUCCGUUUGUUUACAAUUUCACUCGAGACGCGAAACACCUCGCGAUAUCGCUCUCUGUGCUUCUCAACCACCAACGAGAUCAAACAUAAAAUCAAGGUCGAAUCGAAAGUCGAUCGAGGGAUCAAGGUCGAAGGCGAGUCCAGGGACGAUUCGUUACCUUUCGCAUCUCGAGAUUCCGCUUUAAAAGGAAUUCUGAAGCAGCCACGCCGAGAAACUUGUUUCUUUUCUUUCAUCUUUCCAUCGAUUCCAGCUCGAAAUGGAAAUGAAGCCUAUACGAGUAGCGGCAUGGUUCGUGAUGCUGGUAUCCGGAACCGUGGCUCUACCAUCGCAAUCGCAAACAAACCACUUUCGGACUAAUCAAGCAAAGACGAAGCAAAUCACACCAGUGUAUUUCAGCGAGAGCGAAUCUAGUAGUUUGCCAGUGGCAUCGAGUACCGCUACCGUUGCUGUUGGCAACGAUGCAUCACCGGACACUAGUAUACAAGACGAUAGUAGCACGAUUGCAAAGCCUGUUUCUUUCGGUAAUCCGAAUGACAACGAUGCCGCGAUAAUGUCGCCGACAUCGUCAUCGUCAUCGUCAUCGUCAUCGUCACCGUUAGCGUCACCGUCACCGUCACCGAUACCCUUACCGUCAACGUCACCCUCGCCACUGUCGCAGAUACCUUUGGUAUCUACAGGUCGCAAUUCUCUUCUCGAAACCAUCGACACGAUACCCACGACGUCACCGGUCGCAAAAACGGAGAUUGGAGCAUCGACGACAACCAGCGACGCUAUCACCGUGAAAAAAACUAGCACAACUACUAGCCCGAACGCACCACCAACUGAAACUUCUUCGAGAACGCGUACUUCUUCCUCUCAAGACGUCGACACUUUUCUCUCAUCCUCGAAGAAAUCUACCGCUAGUUCCGACCAAUUUCCAACCACUCCUGCUUCGAGUUUAGCCAAGGAAACGCGGGAAUCGCCCGGAAAAAUUCGUCCUCAGAUCAAAUUGACGACCAACUAUACCAGUCUUACCGAGACGGGAGUGCGAUUACCAGAAGGCGCGAGCGCAGCUCUCGCCAAGCCAACCAAAUAUCACUACUAUCCGCACAAUCAGCACAUCUAUUUGCUACCGGAGUGCGCCGUUCAGCAGGUUUGCAAUGCCGUUUACGUUAGACUGAAUUUUACUCAGCCUCUGUGCGCCUGUCCAGGAAGAUAUCGCGACCCUUGCAGCGCCUCUCUCGACAGCGACGACCUCCACACUACGGAGCUGGUCACCGACCCACGAACCAAGGCUCUCACUUUGGUCAAGACUUGCGAACCGGUGGCCGAAAUGCGAGAGUGUAGGACACCGAGGGAUUGGUCACUCCUCGCGUUGCAAAACGUCAGGACAGGAAAGUCUCAUUAUCUUGUAAUAUGCCGAUGCCCCGACGCUAAUAUACUCGGUCCUAUGAGUCACGACCAACCGACAUACGCCAGUGUGCCAGGAAUUCGUGUUUACGGGAUGAUGUGCGUACAAGGUAACAGAAGAGGACGACCGUUGCGAUACGCUCGGAGCUUAGCGGAUCAUCCGAACAAGGAAACUGGCCAAGAUUCGUUGGACGUCGAGAAGGAGGAAACAAAGGAUCGAUUAAAUUUUCCAUGGUAUAAGGUGCAACAACUGAUGAAUGCAGCUGUUUGGGAUUAGAUUCGGUGGCCGAAAUUCUUCAACGCGCGACGAGAUAUCGACCCUUGUUUGAUUCGCCCGCAGCUUGCUUAUCGCCAUUCAUCCGUCUAUUUAUUAAGCAUUUCGCUUCGCUUUCUCUAGCUUUCCUUCGUUUACCGACUCGUUCUAUAUUUUUUCUUCAUAUUUAUUAUAUAACAAUACUCGUAUACGCGUAUAAUUGCAUAUGUACGGUUGCGCGAUGCGUCCGUACCACGAUCGAAUCGGACCAGGUAUCUAUGGAUACAUAGGCUCUGAAUUCGGCACUAUCUAUCCUAAAGAUCGACGUUAAACCAUCGCCUUUUUCACCGCAUUUGACCAGACUCGGAAAAUCCACAGUCCGUACCACCUCAUUUGCGCCUCUUGGCAUUAUUUUUUCCAAACCUUUACAUCAUUUCAUUUCAUUUCAUUUCAUUUCAUUUCAUUUCGUUUCAUUUCAUUUCAUUUCGUUUCAUUUCAUUUCAUUUCGUUUCAUUUCAUUUCAUUUCAUUUCAUUUCAUUUCGUUUCGUUUCGUUUCGUUUCAUAUCAAUUCACUCGUUGAUACGCAAAUGUGUUUACAUUAUUGGUGUAAACAUUAGGCUGACGAAAUUAACCACGAGACAACGGCAAAAGCCCAUCGGUCGCCAAAGUUUCUGUGGUCGUGAAAUAGUUUCGCUUCAACGAUAACAUAACACGAUGUAAUAAAAUUAAAGAAUAGUGAAAAUUGA